GGAAAUUUUGAUGGAUUGUCAUCAUGGUUUAUUAUUUUACCUCCAACACGGUGUCGCCGGCCGCAUUCAUUUAUGUCGGUAAAGACAAGGUAGAAAAUGAGGAGCUUAUUAAGUUUGGAUGGGAAGAAGAUGUGUGGUUCCACGUCGACAAGCUUUCUAGUGCCCAUAUCUAUCUUCGGAUGAAUGAGGGCGACUCCUGGGAGGCUAUUCCUGAGCCGCUUUUGGUGGAUCUAGGGCAGCUUACAAAAGCGAAUUCUAUAGAAGGGAACAAGAAGGACAAUGUUACGGUCAUUUACACUCCAUGGUCGAACCUCAAAAAGGACGGCAGUAUGGCUGUAGGGCAGGUUUCUUUUAAAGAUCCCAAAAAGGUUAAGAGAAUCCUCGUUCCUCAAAGGGAGAACCCAAUUGUCAAUCGCCUCAACAAGACAAGGGUAGAAAAGUUCCCGGAUCUGUAUACGGAGAGAGAGGAGAAAUUAAAGGCUAUGCGAAAGAGGGAUCAUGCCGCAAAGUUGGAACGUAAAAAGGAAGAGGCAAGAAUUGCACAGGAAAGGAAAGAGAAGAAAUGGCAGAAAGAUCACGCGUAUGAUGAACUUUUCCAAGGGCCUGAUCUGGAAGAGGCGAAUAAUCAGAAUAGAGGUGAAGAUUGGGAGGAUGACUUCAUGUAACCUUGUCUAGAAGCAUUUCUACCUCCUUUAAUUACCUGAGACCGUAUUUAUCUUUCGAAUGCAUUCCUAG